AUGGCUUCAUGGUACAAUGGGGAAAUAGCUAAAGUUUAUGACAUCACUCAGUAUGGAAAUAAUACUAAUACUAUGUUAGUCUUCUUCUGGCAAGAACUUAUCAAUCAAAAUAAUGGAAGUACAGUCUAUUUUCAUAACUUUGGGGGUUAUGAUGCAAUCCUUAGCCUACCGGCUCUUCUUGAAUUACCUUUCACUUUUAGCCCCGUAAUGAAAGAUGGGGAAAUCAUUUCAAUCAAGGUUUUAGGAAGGAAAAAUAAACUUAUAUUAGAAAUCAAAGACUCUAUUCGUAUUCUUCCUGGUGCACUUGCCAAAUUGGCUAAGGAUUGGGGUGCAGAGACUCAGAAAGAUCACUUCCCCCAUUACUUCUGGAAGGAUUGUGUUGAGAAUACCCUUAGAUAUAUUGGUCCCAUACCAGCUUAUACAUAUUUUGAGCCUAAAAGAACAAGUCCAAAAGAUUACAAAGAAAUGGUAAAGAUUUUUGAGAAUAGAUAUUGGUCUUUCCUUGAGGUCUCAAAAACUUAUAUUUUAGGGGAUGUAAAAGCUACGUAUCAAAUCCUAACAAAGUAUUUUGAAACCCUUAUCUCCAAAUUUCCUAUUGAUCCGCUGGCGGUUUACUCUGCACCCUCUGCUGCUUUUAGAAUAUGGCGUACAACUCAGCUACCCUUAUUAAACCAAGAUGGACUAAAGGUUUAUGACUUAAGCCAUAACUUAGACUCAGAAUUAAGGUCCUCCUAUUGUGGAGGAAUAGUUGAUGUAUAUCGACCACACUUAGUAGGCGAGGGUUACUAUUAUGAUGUGAACUCCCUUUAUCCCACGGCAAUGUGUAAACCCAUGCCUGUUGGGAUGCCCACAUUAGAAGAAUUAACCGUUAACCAAUUCUUAGAAGGGAAUUUCUAUGGCUUUAUAGAAGCCCUUAUAGAGGCACCUGCUAACGAGUACAUUGGACUACUUCCUAUAAAAUAUCAAGGGAAACUCAUUUGUCCUGGAGGAACAUUUAAAGGUAUCUUCUUCUCCGAAGAAUUACGCUUUGCCUUAAAUAAUGGUUAUCAAUUGUUAGGUAUAACUAAAGCUUAUUCUUUCAAAAGAGGGACCAAUACUUUUCUUCAAUUAAUAACUCAAUUGAAUGAGAUGAAGAUUACGGCUCAAUUAAAUAAACAACCUACAAUAAGAAACCUAGCUAAACUCUUAAUGAACUCCAUGUACGGAAGAUUUGGGAUGCACCCCUCUUUAACAAAACACCAAUUUAUUGAUAAUGAUUGCCUUGAGACACUAAAUUCUCAAUGGCAGAUGGAAGCUCAAAUAGACUUUGGAAAUAUCUCACUUGUCACCCUUCUUCUAAAUCAAGAAUGGAUUCUUAAAAAUAAGGGUAAGGCAGAAUUAAUUAAAGACCUCAAUGAACUAGGGAAUAAAACUAAUGUGGCUAUUGCCUCGGCUGUGACCGCACAUUCUAGAAUGAUCAUUAAUCAAUACAAGUUACUUGCCUUAAGUCUAGGUCUUGAGCUUUAUUAUUCCGAUACUGACUCACUUGUUUUAAAUGGCCCACUACCUUCAAAAUAUCUAGACUCAGCUAGUCUAGGAAAGUUAAAAUUAGAACAUAAAAUAAAGGAGGGUAUCUUCGUCAUGCCGAAGGUUUAUUUUCUAGAAACAGAAGAAGGUAUAGUUACCAAGUGUAAGGGCUUUGCAGGAAAACUUACUAAGGCCCAAUACCUAGAGUUAUUAGAAGGGAAAGCCCAACACUUAGAGGUGACUAAAUGGAGUAAAUCUUUAGCAGAGUCUUCUGUCAAAAUUCAGAUAAAACAACCUUAUAAAUUAACCUUUAGUUUUAACAAAAGGGAACAAGUCUUCAAUGCCCAAGGGCAAUGGGUUAAUACGAAACCUUUAGAAUUAGGAUAG